AUGUCUCGCCCGGCUAUUGCUUCCGAUGCGUCUCUCUCGACGUCCAUGUCGGAUCGUCCGUUGACGAAAAGCUCGGCUUCGGAGACGAAACCCAAUAAUAAAUGGAAUACAGAUAAACUGGGACUGCGUCUGGGGGUAGACACGCUCAGUGCGACGCUGGCAGGCGCGUUAACAUGUCCCAUAGUCACGAUUAUCGACCGGGCCAUCAUUGAAAAAGCUGCAAAGGGAUUCCCCAUCGCGCGUACCACGAUGUCCUGUCUCAAGGACAUGGUUACGCGUCCGACAACCUUCUUUCUCAGCACUCCUUUCCUCCUCAUCUAUACGCUGUACACAUCCACCUACUGGACUGCCAAUGCGAUAGACACGGUGACAUCAACUCUCCGAAAUCAGCCCUUCUCAACAGUAACGCCGGGACUGGGCAAAUUCCUGGCCACGACGACGGUCAACAUGUCGAUUUGCGUAUAUAAGGAUGCGAGAUUCGCAAAGAUCUUCGGGGCUCCUCCUGCUCCUGCUCCUGCUCCUACUCCUUCAUCGCCUUCCUCUGUUGUGCCAGCAGCAGCAGCAAGCUCAACACCACAGCCAUUACCAGUGAAGCGAAUCCCUAUAACCUCCUACACCCUCUUCUGCCUCCGAGACAGCGUGACCAUCUUCGCUUCCUUCAACGUCCCACCGCUCCUUGCGCCGCGAAUCCCCGAUUUCCUUGCCCCAACGGACUCCAUGAAAAUGGCACUGGCCCAAUUCUCCUGUCCGGCUCUCAUGCAGUUCAUCAGCACGCCCAUGCAUCUGCUCGGGUUGGAUUUGUAUAACCGACAACCACCCGGUGGGUUGUCGUGGAAGGAUCGUGCGUCGCGUAUCCGCAGGGACUACAUUGCGAGCAGCUUUGCGCGGAUGGGGAAGAUUGUGCCUGCUUAUGGGGUUGGUGGGGUUGCGAAUGUUUGGCUGAGGAAGAGUAUGAUGGAGUGGGUGGAGGGGUCGGAAUGA